AUGGCCGCCAAGCUCGCUCUCCCGCACCUGUUCUUCCAGCAGCAGAUGGCAAAGUCGACGUUCCGCCAGGACCACGAACACACCAAGGCUUUCACAAAGGUCCCCGUCGUCGUUGACGCGCGCAUCAAGGCAGACCCUUCGGCUGAUACCAUCUCGCCCCUCCUCUACUCUGGCUUCCUCGAGCACCUCGGCCGCUGCAUCUACGGUGGUAUUGUCGACAACCCCAAGGCCCCCUCGCCCCCCGAGCUCCUCGAUGCCCAGGGCGACGGCAAGGCCGGCUGGCGCAAGGAUGUUGCCAAGAUUGUCGCUGCCGACGGCGAGCUGGCUGUUCCCAUGAUGCGCUGGCCUGGCGGCAACUAUGUGUCCAACUACCACUGGCAGGACGGCAUUGGCCCCGUCUCUGAGCGCCCCAAGCGUGUCGAGCUCGCCUGGCUCACCACAGAGUCGAACCAGUUCGGUACCGACGAGUUCAUCGACAUGUGCCGCGCCAACAAAUGGGAGCCGUACAUCUGCCUUAACAUGGGCACUGGUACCUACGAAGAGGCCCUCGCGUGGGUCGAGUACUGCAACGGAACCGGCGACACCCACUGGGCCAACCUCCGUCGCAAGAACACUGGCCGUGACGAGCCCUACAACAUCAAGUACUGGGGUCUCGGCAACGAGAUGUGGGGUCCUUGGCAGGUUGGCAACGUCGACGCCGACACGUACGGCAAGAUGGCCAAGCAGUGGGCCCACGGCCUCAAGCUUGUUGACCCCACCAUCAAGCUCAUCUCGUCAGGCGAGACUGGUUGGUCUGACUGGGACCGCGAGGUUCUCCAGCACGUCGUCCCCUACGUGGACAUGCACUCGCUCCACUUCUACUCGACUCUCUUCCACGAGUUCUACACUGCCCCCGGCAACGACUACGAGAAGAACGUGUUUGGUCCAGCGGCACCCGAGAAGGGUAUCCAGAUCUGCAAGUCGCUGAUUGACCUUGUCAACAUCGACAACUCGCAGCGCGGUGUCCCUGCCAAGGACGUCAAGAUCUGCUACGACGAGUGGAACGUCUGGGACCAGACCAAAGCCCGCCCCGACGAGGGUCUGGAGCAGAUUUACGACUACACCGACCUGCUCGGCACUGUCGCAUGGCUCAACCUGCUCGUUCGCCAGUCGGCCGAUGUCGAGAUUGCCUGUAUUGCCCAGUCGUGCAACGUCAUCUCCCCCAUCCUCACCAAGCCCGACGCUAUCCUCAAGCAGUGCACAUUCUACGCCCUCCAGCUCUUCUCCAACUUUAUGCGCGACGGCCACCUUCUCCAGACCCCGUCGAUGCCCGACUACUAUGACGGCCUCACCUGGCCCCUGUUCAUCCAGCAGGUCCACUGCAACCCCCGCUACAUUGACAUGUGCGCCAUGGCCAAGCAGGACGGUGACAAGUUGUCGGUCCGCAUGUCGGUCAUGAACCGUCACCCCUCGCUCGACUGGGACGCCACAGACCUCAUCGUCGGCGGAGUCCAGGUCGACAAGGUCACCGUUCACGAGAUGUACUCGGACGACCUGACCGCCGCAAACUCGUGGGACGAGCCCACAAAGCUCAAGCCUGUUGUCACCGAGUACUCGGCCGCGGAGUGGGCACAGCGCUCCCACACUGUCCGCAAGCACUCGUGGCAGUUUAUUAUUGUCGACGGCAAGGCUGCCUAG